AGACUAAACAACUUUGCGUGCUUGGAAACAAGAUGGCGAGCGUUAUGACCCCAAAUUCACCUAUUUUUUUAUGAAAUUACUUAUCAUUUCAACAUGAUAGUCGACAAGGAAGAGCGUGAAAAACACACCAAGCCGGAAACACUGCGAGGUCACUUAGGCCUAAAAAGCAGCGCUUACGCUCCAACGUCAUCAAAAUUUUCUACUCAGUCUCUGGUAGACGCCCACUUUCGAGCUCACUAUGAUAAAAUUGCUAAAGUUAAAUCUGCAAUUGAUAAUAAAACUCCUAAAUCGCUGGUGGAUUGCCCUGUAGUACGUGAUAGAAUAAGAAGGGAAGUUGCAAUGGGUAUUAGAGAGGAUACGAGCGUCAGACAGCAACAAGUAUCCGAACCUAGAACACGAACGAAAACGUCAUCAUUUUCUACUACUCAUGUUCAUGGUUCAGACAGAGAUGUUUUGAAUAUUCAAAGUCAUAAAUUUACAGAGCCGGCUGCUUUUACGCCAAGAACUCUGAAAACCAAACCGAACGUUGAAUCAAGAUUAGUUGGAAUGAGAUGCUACCGUUCUGGAACUGCAGGACCAAAAUAUACUCAGAGAUCUGCCAGUAGACCAGCAAGCUCAAUGGAUGAAACAUUGGUCAGUAGAGACUUAAAUAGGCAGAGAGAUUCUUCCAUACCUCCAUUGGAUAUAUCAGUGGACGCAGAUAAUUAUAAAUGGCUUAAGGAGCAGGCUAAAAACGCCCAAGUUAGACAAAAAACUGUAAACAGAAAUGCCGCUGUCCACAGGGAAUCCAAUCUGACACAGGAUGAGCUAAAAUAUUUGGAUUUUGUGCAUGAAGUUACAACUGAUAUAUUAGAUCGUGGUAUUUACACGAAUAGAAUGCUUAAUCAGGUCUUUGAAAGUCACAUUCAAAAGCGCAAAAAUGAAUUGAGUGUCGAAAGAAUGAGAGCUGAAUUGCAAGAUUUGAAAGUUAACCUAGGUGUGCCGGACGACACUGAUCAUGACGAAGGUUUCGGUCAUGGUAGUACUUUAAAGCGCCCUCCACAACCUCCUCCGAGAUCAGCUAGAACUCAGAGUUCUGUUAUGACGUCUGUUACGAAUGACACGACGGCUGAGUGGACUUCUCAAACGGAUGACUUACUACCGACUCCUACUCCAAGGAAAAACUUGAACCAUAUAACUGAUUAUGAAUUACAUUUAGAAAAUACUGAAGAACUUUACGAAGAUUCCGAUUAA